GGUUGGCAAAGUUCUGCGGACGACGAGCAUUUUCAGCAGAAAACUCGCUGCAGCCAGCCUUCCAGAGCCCUGGUCAUGCCCAAACUUCGAGAGGAGAUACUUUGAGACCCUGGCAUUCGUCUGACCAUAUUUUCAUUGUGCCAGAUGCCAGAUCCGUCGAGAUCUCGGCCGUCUUUGCCUCGCGGUGUCCCUUGCUACUACUAUGACGACGGAGAUCGCGUCGCCCAGCCCAACACAGGCAGGCCCGCCUCCAACUCCCGGCGACAAUGCACCACACCACGCGCGACGGCCAUCAACCACGCCCCCUAAACAAGCCGAAUCCGUCAAACAAAGCGUCUCGCGUCCUUCGGAGACCGUCAACGGAGCCAGCAACGAUGAGCACAAUUCCGAGCAUCCAGCCGGAACCCCACGUGCCAGCGGCCUGCGCAGCACGCGUGACGAGCCGGCAGCGACGGGCGUAAACGACGGCCCCCCGGCCAAACGCCGCCGAGUGCGCGACACGACCCCGAACAACGCGGUUCGCAAGCCGAAGCCCGAGUCGCCGCCGUGGAAGAAGAUCGAAGCUGAUGGACCGUCGACGUUCACCACCGAGGACGGCCGCCGUAAGUCGGGCCGUAUCAACGCCGUGCCUCUCGAGCUGCAGCCCGGUGACAAGCGCAUAACGAGGGGAGUGCUACACAGCCAGCAACAGCAGUACAGUCCGUCCAAAACCCGCUAUGGCGCGACGAACGGUCACGGCGCCGGCCCUGUUUCCACUCCAGCGAGUGCAGCCGUCAAACGUUCGGUGUCAUCAACCAAGCAGACUCUUGCCAAGCAGUCAACCAGCAAACCUCCACCCAAGAAGCCGCCAGCGCAAGAGCCUCGGUCAAGCACGCGAAGUCAUCGGCGAUCCGCAUCUCCCAAACGCGUUGUCACACCCGCGAAAUCGUCUCUCGGCACGCGUCGUUCGGCGCGCCAUCUCCGGGAGACUGCAAAUGACGACGAGACCACCCCCGCCGUGACGCGCACCACGCCGCGCAUAAAACUACGGAUGAGACCGCCCUUGACAACUAUCCCGCUCGUCCACCGCGACCAGGCCAACUUGCGACCUAAGCUCGGCCCGACUUUCGAGGAGUUCUUCACCCGCGCCGCAGACAUACCAGCAGAGGAAGGAGGCCUCUUUGUGCCCUCCGAGGAUGGCCCCCGAUAUACAGAGGAGGCAGCGAGGGAAGAUGCGCAACUUAUCCUGCGGGUCGAAAAGGAGGUAGAACCUGGUGGUGUGCUGGCGCCGGAUAGGUGCUCCGUGUUCGAGCCCGAGCCCGAGGAAGAACCGCCGAGGCAGUGGGCGCACAUGGAUCAUCUGACCAAAGCAAUGUCUAAUUUUCGCAGGCUGAUGCUUCUGGAACAUCAGCGCCAUCGAGCCACUGCCAAGCGUCUUGCCGUUGCCUGUGAGGCCGAGUGGAGACGGCGGAAUCCGCAACCCAAGACAGCCGAGGAAAUCGAGCUCGAAGAGAUCGAACAGAGCAAGGCAAGGUGGCGCCAAGUCAACAAGGUCAUUGCCGGCAUGUGGGAGAACGUCAAGACAGAGGUCAAUCGCCGGCGACUGGCAGAGUGGGAGGCGGAGGAGCAGCGCCGCGUGAAGGCUGCGUUGAACCAGGCCGUCAACCGUUCUGAGCAGCAGCUUCAGGCAAGACAAACGCGCUUCGAUACUGAGGAGCUGUCGGAAGAGGAUCUGGACGGCGAUGACAUCCUUUCGGAGACCAGCGACGGUGACGACUCAGACGGCGGCACCGAGGGUUCAGGAGAUGUGUCGAGCGAAGAGGGGAGCGACGAAGACAUGUCCUCUUCAGAUGACGAGGAAGACGCAGAGUCCGAGCUCUCUGACGAGGCACUAACUCAGGAGCAGUUGCGGGAGAAAUACGCCAACCUGCCAGACCUGGAUGUUUCAUCGGAGGCCAAGAAGGAUUCGCCGGGAGCCGAGCUGGCCGAUGGGAUCGCUGAGGCUGCUUCCGAGGUGGACACCAGCGAUGAGUCGAUCGACAUGGAUGAUGACCUUGGGUCCACCGAGGAGGAAUCGGAGGCGGAAGAUGGCGCAGAGGGCAGCGGUAGCGCUGACGAGUCGGAGGACGAACCCUCCGGGCUUCUCGGUCUGUUCUUCAAGAAGUCGGAGCUGAAGAAGCUGAAGGCCGAGGCUGCCGCUGAGGAGCCCGGGACGUCGCAAGACGACGUGGAGAUGGCGGACGCUAACUCGGUGCCUCACCCCGAGGCUGCAACACACAACGGCGGAGACGAAAUUCCCUCGGAAGACGGGCGACGAGCCACCACCCCGCGCCCGACAGCAGUGCCAACACAUCAAACCACGCAGGAACCUACCGGAAAUGGAGAACCGUCCCUGGCACCCCAGGAGCCACCUCCGCAAUCUGCAGUCGCCUCGGCGGGAAGUGAACGGGCAAUGGACGCCAAACAGGAGCCUACGGAGGAUGUCUCGAUGCUCGACGCCCCCUUGGCACCCGUAACGUUUUCGCAACCUGUCGCCAACUCCACCGAAAGCAUUCCGCCUUCAAUCAUAACGCAGCCGUACAGCCCAGCAACAGAGCCGAUCACCAAUAUCCUGAGUCCUUCCAGAAGCCAGUCGCCGCGAACAUCUGACGACACCAAGCCCACCGAUUUCGAGACGCCUCGCUCCGUCUCGCUGCUGAACGCUCCGAAGACCGACAGCAGGUCCGCGUCGCCUCAACCGGCCGCGCCGAGGACUGAGAUUCCCUUCCUCCUGCGCGGAAAAUUGCGUGAGUACCAGCACCAUGGCCUGGAUUGGCUCGCUUCUCUAUACGCCAACAACACGAACGGCAUUCUCGCGGAUGAAAUGGGCUUGGGAAAAACCAUCCAGACCAUUGCCCUGCUGGCGCAUCUCGCCUGCUACCACGAAGUGUGGGGGCCUCACCUUGUGAUCGUGCCGACGAGUGUCAUGCUGAACUGGGAGAUGGAGUUCAAGAAGUGGUGCCCCGGGUUCAAGAUCCUCACAUACUACGGCAACCAGGAAGAGCGCAAGAGGAAGCGCCAGGGUUGGACGAACGACGACGUUUGGAACGUGUGCAUCACAUCAUACCAGAUGGUUCUCCAGGACCAGCAGGUGUUCCGGCGGCGACGGUGGCAUUACAUGAUCCUCGACGAAGCACACAACAUCAAGAACUUCAAGUCGCAACGGUGGCAAACGCUGCUGGGCUUCAACACGCACUCCCGGCUUCUCCUGACCGGCACGCCGCUGCAAAACAACCUCACGGAGCUGUGGUCGCUGCUCUACUUUUUGGCCCCGCCGGAAAACGGCGAAGGUGGCUUCGUCGACCUUCAGGAGUUCCACAACUGGUUCUCCAGGCCAGAGUCCCAGAUUCUUGAGAGCGGACGGGAGCAGCUGGACGACGAAGCCCGCGCCAUCAUCUCGAAGCUACACAAGGUUCUCCGUCCAUACUUGCUCCGCCGGCUGAAGGCCGAUGUGGAGAAGCAGAUGCCGGCCAAGUACGAGCACGUGGAAUUUUGUCGGCUCUCCAAACGCCAACGCGAGCUGUAUGACGGCUUCCUGUCUCGUGCGGACACCAGAGCGACCCUCGCUUCGGGAAACUACAUGUCCAUCAUUAACUGCUUGAUGCAGCUUCGAAAGGUGUGCAACCAUCCGGACCUCUUUGUCGACCGACCGAUCAUGACCUCCUUCCGCAUGCAACGGUCGGUGGCCUCGGAUUACGAGCCGAAUGAGCGGCUUGUCAGAAAGAAACUCCUGGCCGUCCCGCCGAUGCAGGUGGUCAGCCUCAGCUUCCUCAACAUGAUCCCCACUCUGUACGAGGGCAUGUCGACCAGAGACGCGGACCGGAUUUCGCAGCUGAGCUCCCACCGCAUCCUUGUCGACCUCAGGGAGGCGCAGAAGACGCGGGCCAACAACGCUUACCAUGCGCUUGACCCCGCCUCGGUCACGUCUAACUUGGUCUACCUGGAGAGUGCCGCUCGCUGGGGUCGGUUCGAGGAACUGCAGCACUGUGUCUACAUCAACGCUCUGCGUCGCCAGCAGCGGCCCAUCUACGGGAAGCGACUCAUUGAGAUGCUGACGCUCGACACCCAUCGCCGUCCGUACAAGCCACGGCCCAAGGUGCCUCAGAAGAUCAUGAGCUGGUUCGAGGAGGAUUCGUACUUACUGCACAAUGCGAUUCCGACGCUCCAGCAGCGGGCUGAUGCGAUGGAGACGACGAUUUCCAAGUUUGCCUGUGUCACGCCGGCCGUGGUGACUGGCGACAUGACCAGACUGCUGUUGGGUGACAAGGGAGUCGAGGCGUUCCAGGAGGCAGAUCUGAAGCUGUCGGCUCCGGUCAAGUAUGCGCCGUAUAUGCCGAAGGAGCGGCCGCCAGACCCGUGGCACGAGGCGCGCAUGCGGUUGACGAUCCAGUUCCCCGACAAGCGGCUUCUCCAGUACGACUGCGGCAAACUGCAGGUGCUGGAUAAGCUCCUCAGGCGGCUGCAGGCGGACGGCCAUCGCGCGCUGAUCUUCACGCAGAUGACCAAGGUGCUCGACAUCCUCGAGCAGUUCCUCAAUAUCCAUGGGCACAAAUACCUGCGGCUCGACGGGGCAACCAAGGUGGAGCAGCGGCAGAUUCUGACGGACCGCUUCAACUACGACACGCGGAUCCUGUGCUUCAUCCUGUCGACGCGGUCGGGCGGGCUGGGCAUCAACCUCACCGGGGCGGACACGGUCAUCUUCUACGACCAGGACUGGAACCCAGCGAUGGACAAGCAGUGCCAGGACCGGUGCCACCGCAUCGGGCAGACGCGCGACGUGCACAUCUACCGGCUCGUGAGCGAGCACACGAUCGAGGCCAACAUCCUGCGCAAGGCCAGCCAGAAGCAGAUGCUCGACGACGUGGUCAUCCAGGAAGGCGAGUUCACGACCGACUACUUCAACAGGCUGUCGGUGCGCGACGUCAUCGGCACCAACGGCGAAGUGCGCGCCAACGAGGACGACGUGGCGGCCAACGCGGCCAUGGACCGCGUGCUCGGCGGCGUCGAGAGCGGCAACCCGCGCAGCGCGGGCCGCGUGCUGGAGCAGGCCGAGGACAAGGAGGACGUGGCCGCCGCGCGCGUCGCCGAGAAGGAGAUCACGCAGGACGACGCCGACUUCCUCGAGCAGCAGCCCGGGUCGGGCGGCGCGUCGGGCGUGUCGAGCGUCCGGCAGGGCACCCCGCGGGAGGGCACCUCGGAGCCGCAGGCGUCGGCGGCCGGGCGCUCCGGGCUGGGGCUGUUUGCCGAGUCGGCGGACUACGGCGAGGGGUCCGGCGCCGCGGCGGCGGCGGAGCCGGCCGAGGUCGAGUACAACGCGUUUGGCGAGCGGAUGCGUACCGUGGACGACUACAUGCUGGGGUUCAUGGCGAGGGCGCUCGAGGGCACGCCGCUCGAGCUGCCGCGGGACAAGAAGAAGAGCAAGAAGAAGGGCAAGGACACGAGGAAGCGGUAGGGGACACAGACAUCGUGGCUGGCCGGUGCUGCGUGUGC